GGUCCCUGACAGACACAUCUCGAGUGCAGACAUUUUACUCAGAAGGAGCAGUGCACAUUCUUGCACAGCUCGCUCUUCGACUUAUCUCUGCCGAGGGAGGAGGCAGAAAUCAUGGACGACGCCGGCCUGGUGCUCGCCGCCGCGUUGACAGGCGCAAUCUUCGUCGUGUUGCUCGUCCUGCUCGUCGUCGUCCUUGUCCGGAGGCGGUGGCUCGACCGCGAGGGCGUGGCGUCCGGCCGCGGCUUCGUCCUGUUCGGCGUCUGUUGCCAGGACGGCACCCAGGGCCGGUUCGUCCGGACGACGUCCCUGGCCAGGAGCCGGCAGCGGGCGGCCCGCGGCGGCGAGGAGGCGGAUGACGAGCCGGGCGAGGGCGAGCUCGAGAGGUGGAAGAAGAUGUUCGGUGGGCCCACCAGGUGCCUGUCCACGAUAGAGGAGGCCACGGAGAAGGGCACGUCGACGGUGGCAACGCCGGCCUUCUGCUCGCCGGCAGCGUCGCCCGACCGAAGAGACGCCAGGGCUGUGCAGACGGCGUCUGCCGGUGUGCUCAAAAGUUGAGGCUUGCUUACCUUGCUCUUGUAAUUCGCGAUGUGCAGUAGUACUACACAAUUUGUUGGAAAUAACUAGCGAGGCAUAUGCACCACACUGGUAAUAAGUCGAGCGAUCAUGAUAGCUUGUUAUUUUGCCAUAUGCAGGGGGUAGUAAUUUUUUUUUUCAAAUUAAUUGAAGUUCUAAUUUAUCCUAC